AUGAACGCCAUGGAGGAUGAUCGCGUGCAGAACAUCAUUCUCCUCACCACAGUCAUGCGCGAGGUGCAGAACCGCAACAAGGCCAUGUAUGCUCGACUGCAACGCCUCCUCGGGGAUGACAAGAAGCAGUGCUUUGUCUUCGCGAACGACCGACACGAGCAGACGCACUGCAUGCGCAAGAGGGAGGAGUCGCCCAACGACUUCAACGAUCGCGCGAUUCGAGUGGCGGCGCAGUGGUACGCGCGGCAUGUGUCAGCCGCCCUCCCGGGCAUGGCGGACUCAUCGACGUCCAGCGUGAUUGUCGUCUCGCACGAUCGUGCCUUCAAGCAGGCUAUGGACACGUCGGAGGAAGCGCAGCGGGUGAGCAACCUGCGCUGCGUAUCACUCCGUGACUACAUCAAGUUGGCCAUCGCCAGCGACUCGGACUUGCUGGAGAAGAUUCAAUACGAUGAGCCGGAAGGGAUGAAAGAGUCGCCGUCGACUCGGAAGCUCUUCACGCCGCAUCUCGGCAUGGCCGCCAUGGACGCCGGCGUGCAAGACGGGAGCCUGUACAAAGGCAAGCUGCGCGUUAGUGAGUCAAGCUGCUUCUUUGGCGAGAUUCGGGGCAAGUUCGAGGGCCACAGCUUCCAGCGCAUUCUCAUACAGGGCCGCGCCAACAUGAACCGCGCGAUUCACGACGACGUCGUGGCGGUGCAGUUGCUGCCCGUGUCGAGCUGGCGUGGUCCAAAAGACUCAGCACCCCUUGCAGAGUCUGUGAGCGAAGAAGAUGCCAUCACGGCGGGCUUCACGCCUACCGGCAAGGUGGUGGGCCUACUCUCCUCCAACCGCCGGCCGUUCUGCGGCAGUCUCGAUGAAGGUGAGCUCGAGCAGGUCAAGGCGAACACGUCGGAUAACGUUUCCAUCCUGUUUCAGCCCAAGAACAGCCGCAUCCCGCGCAUUCGCAUCAGCACUCGCCACGUGCAGGACUUGAUGGACAAGCGUCUUAGCGUGGUGAUUGAUGAUUGGCCCUUGUACAGCAGUUUUCCAGUCGGGCACUACGUUGAGGUGCUGGGCAAGAUCGGUGAUCGUGACACAGAGGCGACGGUCAUUCUCUUGGAGAAUGACGUGCCGCAUUACGACUUCAGCGAGGCCGUCCACGACUGCCUUCCAAAGGGCCAGUGGUCUGUGACUAAGGACGAGGAAGCGAGGCGGCUGGACUUGCGCGACUUGUGCAUUGUCAGCGUCGACCCGCUGGGGUGCCGCGAUAUCGACGACGCGCUGCAUUGCCGCGUCGUGAACGGUAAUCACCUCGAGGUGGGUGUGCACAUUGCCGACGUCACGCACUUUCUGCACGAGGGCACGGCCAUGGACGAUGAGGCGGCAAAGCGCAGCACGAGCGUGUACUUGGUGGAUCGGCGCAUCAACAUGUUGCCACAGCUGCUGACGGAGAACCUCUGCUCGCUCGUGGAGGCUGAGGACCGAUACGCCUUUUCGAUUCUCUGGGAGUUCGAUGAGAACCUGAACGUGGUGCGCGACUGGUUUGGCAAGACAAUUAUUCGCUCCCGGGGUGCCCUUUACUACGGAGACGCGCAGCGCAUGAUCGACAACCCGGCCGACACCUCCGACAUCGCCGUUUCGCUGCGCGAGCUGAUGCGGCUCAGCAAACACUUCAAGGAGCAGCGCGAAAAGGAUGGCGCUCUCUUUCUGGCGUCGCAGGAGUUCAAGUUCAAGGUGGACAACGAGCAUGUCAACCCAACCGACAUGCAAGUCUACCAAACCUUCGAGGCGAACUCGAUGAUUGAAGAGUGGAUGUUGUACGCCAACGCGGCGGUCGCGACGAAGGUGUACGAGUCCUACCCCCAGUGGACACUGCUGCGCCGCCACGAGCGACCUGCUGAGGGCGCAUUCGACACACUGAAUGACGCUUUAUACGGCAAGCUGCACGUACGCCUCGACGACACGACCUCUCUGACGCUGAAUAAGUCCCUCGACAAGUGCGAGGACCCACAGGACCCGUACUUCAACAAGCUCAUUCGCAUCCUCACAACGCGAUGUCUGCGACAGGCGCAGUACUUCUCCAGCGGUGGCAUCCCCAAGGACGAGUUUUACCACUUUGGACUUGCCAUGCCCAUCUACACCCACUUUACGUCGCCGAUCCGCCGCUACGCCGAUGUCAUUGCCCAUCGCCAGCUGGCGGCCGCCAUCGGCAUCGAAAGCGUGAGUGAGCAGCACAUGAACACGGAGAGGAUGGAGGCCGUGGCAGAAAAUCUCAACUACCGCCACGAACAGGCGCAGCGGGCGGGCCGGGACUCGCAGAAUCUCUUCACCGGCUUCUACCUGCGCAACUUUGAGGAUGGAAAGAUCCCUGACGAGGAAGGCUACGUGGUACGCGUGUCGGAGACGCACGUCUUUGUACUUGUGCCCAAAUACGGCCAGGAGAGCCGCAUCCCGCGGGAGCAGCUGGAGACGGUGCCGCGCUUGUUGGAUAGAGUAAAAGUGGCCAUCCAGCUGAAGCGGCAGGGCGACGUCAUGCGCACAAAACUUGUGUUCCGCCUGAUUGGCAUGAUGCGCGACGGCGAGGAGGGCGGGGUGCUGGUGGCAGACGAUGAGGCGUACGAGGUUAUCGAGGAUGGCGAGGAAGCUUCCGAGGAUGCACCCAAGGGGGCACAGGGUACGCCGGCAACAUCUGUAGCGGCGGGUGACGACGAUACUAAGACAGCGGAGCCGGAGCUUAAACGCUCUAGAGCAGACGACGUCGAGACAGCCCCGUCAACCUCGUUGUAG